AAUCGUAACAGUAACUCCAAUGUAGCGUGUAAAGUUUAACGAAAACUAUCACGAAACCGUGAAAGACGAAAAAGGUUCGUUCCCAACCCGAGCAAGUCCAACGCGGCUCUUGCUUCUUCGGUGUUGCCACCACUUCCCUCUCUUCAAGCCAAGAAUAUAUGUACUCCUAUUUCUUCCAUCUUCUAAUCUUCCAUUACGCUCCCUUCCUUUUCCGUUUCGCUCCUCUCCACGAUCUGCACAAAAUUAUACCCUAGUGUUAGGUAAAAGCAAGUGCUGGUGCAAAUUGAGUUGUUGAUUUGUGGGGUGAUAUAUUACUGACACCUCUGGAACUUGGGAAGCUGUAGUGAGUAGUGAUGGAUCUCGACGUAGGGAGUUCAUCAACCGUCAGCACAGGAGCACAUGCAAUUCCAAGAUGCCCGACACGACAUGGCGCACUCUAUCAGUUUACACAGCAGAAUCUUCCAGCAUGUAAACCUGUCCUUACACCUGCAGCAGUCAUUUCUACAUUUCUAUUGAUGGGUUUGAUUUUCAUUCCUGUUGGACUUGUUACACUUCGUGCGUCGUAUAGUGUUGUUGAAAUUGUGGACAGAUAUGACAUUGAUUGCAUACCUGAAGAACAUAGAAGUAACAAGGUUGCAUAUGUAAAAGAUGACUCAAUCUCUAAAAAUUGUUCACGUUUCUUAAAGGUACCUAAGUCAAUGAGAGCGCCGGUUUAUAUCUAUUAUCAGCUUGAUAACUAUUACCAGAACCAUCGCCGAUAUGUCAAAAGUAGAAGUGACCGGCAGCUCUUACAUGGACUUGAAUACAAUGAUACCGGUUCUUGUAGACCUUUAGAGUCCUCUGAUGAUCUUCCCAUUGUACCUUGUGGGUUGAUAGCAUGGAGUUUGUUCAACGAUACAUAUAAGUUCAGUCGCGGACCAUCAGAAUUGAAGGUUAAUAGGAAAAACAUUGCGUGGAAGAGUGAUCGUAAUCACAAAUUUGGGAAGCAUGUUUACCCGUUUAAUUUUCAGAAUGGUACCUUUACUGGAGGUGCAAAACUGGAUCCUAGUAUUCCUCUUAGUGAUCAAGAAGAUCUUAUAGUUUGGAUGCGGACUGCUGCUCUUCCCACCUUCCGAAAAUUGUAUGGUAGAAUAGAAGAGGAUUUGGAGGCUGAUGAUGUUAUAGUAGUCCACCUAAAGAAUAACUAUAACACUUACAGUUUUGGUGGAAAGAAGAAGCUUGUUCUGUCAACAUCAAGCUGGCUGGGUGGAAAAAAUGACUUCCUUGGAGUUGCCAAUUUAUUUGUUGGCACCGUUAGUAUAUUGAUCUCCAUCAUCUUCUUGUUGCUUCAUGUGAAAAAUCCUAGACAUUAUGGCGACACGGCCUACUCAUCUUGGAAUAGGAAAAGCAUUUCUAGCUGAAAAGGUACGCGGUAUACCUGUAAUUCUUUCAAAGUAAAAACUCAUGAUACAUAUUCUUGUAACAAAAGCUAUUGUAUUUGAUUGCCAGUACAUGGUACAGUGGAUGCUUUUAUAGUGAAACUCAAGAUACAUAUUCUUGUCAGAAUAGCUUUUGUAUUUAAUUGUAAAUGGCAAAGCCGAGUAAACAUCUUUGAGUUUAUUUCUAAUGGAACCAAGCCUAUGAGUGUGGUAGUUAUGAUGAGAAA